AAUCGUCGACACAAUAUUUGUAUUCUGUGACAGCAACUGGCAUUCGGCGCAGUUGUCUCAAACGACUCAAACUCUCAAACAAACAAGUAAAUACACACACAACAAAGCGUACCGUACGUUUAUUGCCCGAUAACUGCGCCGUCAGCGGAGACAAGACAGACCAGAGUGACUUCUACAGUUCUAUAAUACACUGCGUGUCUCUGUCAUGGCAGUCACUGUUUAGGGCCAAUAGACUAGUAGAGUCGGUGCUCAAUAGUCAUUUCGACAUAGUACGUUGGUCGCGUUGUAUCCUAUAGUACUCGUUAUUAGUUUUUUUUUCUCUCAAAAUCUUUGUUGAACAAAAUAGUUUUAGUACCUACACUAAAGCGUUUGAAACUGAUUUCAUCUUCAGUGGUAUUAAUACGUUCACACGCAAUACGCUCGAGAUUUUUUUGUUUUGGAUAAAAAAAUAAACAUGAGUGAAAUGAUCCAGCCUAUUGCUCCGCUUCAAAUACAAUGGCCUCAAUCGCCUCCAGCUGCUGCACCACAACCGAUGGGUCCUAGUAGUACACAAACUGUAUGCACUGUAUGCGGAAAUUACAUCUGUACUAGUACAUCUAAGAAAGCCAAAUCUUCUGCUUGGUGGAGUUGUAUACUGAUGUGUAUCUGUGGAUGUUUUUGUGGAUGCUGCCUAAUUCCUUGCUGCAUGGACUCUUGCAAUGUUGUCAACCACAAAUGCCCAAAAUGUAAUGCUUUUUUGGGACAGUACAGACCAUAAACUAAAAUACAAUACUAUAUUACAAUAACAA